AUGAGUACACGAGUAACGGGAGGAGCUGUUUCCGCUGCAGCAGCAGACAAUCCGCCGCCCCAGCAGCAACAGCAUUUGCUGCUGAACCACGAUGACGCGCAGCAGCAGAAGCAGCAGAAGCCGCAGCAGCAGCAGCAGCAGCAGCCGAAGCAUGCCGUGCAGGCGGAAAGCUUCAAGCGGCAGGUGCAGGAAGAGGAGCCGCCGCAGCAGCAGCAGCCGCCGCCGCCGCAGCAGCAGCCGCCGCUGCAGCAGCAGCAGCAGCAGCAGCAGCGCGAGGACCCGCAGCCGGGCAAAGUGAGCAGCGUAAACGGCUCUCCGUUCGAGCCGCAGCAGGAGCAGCAGGAGCAGCAGGAGCAGCCGGCCCCGCCGCAGCCGCAGCAGCAGCAGGCCGCCGCCGAGCCGCCGCAGCAGGAAGAGCCGCAGCAGCAGCAGCAGCAGCAGCAGCAGCAGCAGCAGCAGCAGCAGCACGUGCUGCCGCACAAAGCCCCGCCCGUGGAAGUCAAGCUCUUCGUGGGCCGCGUGCCCCGCUCCGUGCAGGAGGAACAGCUGCGGAGGGUCUUUUCGGAGUUCGGACUUGUGACGGAUUGUUUGGUGAUAAGGGAGAAGAGUUCGAACAAGCACCGCAACGGCGCCUUCGUCCGCAUGAGCUCGCUGGCGUUUGCGGACGCGGCGAUUCGCGCGCUGCACGGGGUGCUGUCGCUGGAGGAGGGCUCGGGCCCCAUCGCUGUGAAGUAUGCAGCAGGAGAAGCAGAAAGACUGGGGCUUGCUGCUGCUGCUGCUGACGGGGGGGUGGACAAGGCGAAGCUGUUUGUGGGGUCGAUCCCGCGGACUGCAGCAGAAGAGGAGCUGCGGGCGUUCUUCAGCGCCUACGGCUCCGUGGAGGAAGUCUUCAUCUUGCGGGACAGCAGCAGCGGGGGCAGCAGCAAAGGCUGCGCCUUCAUCAAGUACAAGUACAAAGAAGAAGCUCUUUUUGCAAUUAAGUCUCUUUCUGGAAAACACACUUUCCGGGGUUGUUCGCGGCCCGUGGACGUGCGCUUCGCCGAGACCAAGGUCAAGCAGCAGCCGCCGCCCCAGCUGCUGCAGCAGCUGCAGCAGCAGCAGCAGCUCCAGCAGCAGCAGCAGCAGCAGCUCCUGCUCCAGCAGCAGCGCCUCUCCCCCGUCGCCGCAGCAGCAGCAGCAGCAGCCAAGAACUUCAACCCCAGGCAAGCCGGCCCCUGGAGAGAAUACUUCACUGCUGACUGCAUGCCUUACUACCACAAUGCAGCAGAAAACGUCACGACUUGGCAGAAGCCGCCGGAGUUCGACGUGCUGUGCAGCUGCAGCGCCGGCUGCAGCAGCAGCAGCAGCAGCAGCAGGGGCGGCUUCCUCCAAAUUGGCAGCGAACCCACGGGGCCCCCAGGGGCCAACAUCUUCGUCUUUCAUAUUCCCAAAGACUGGGGGAGGCAGCAGCUGCUGAGUGCCUUUGGGGGCUUCGGAGCUGUUGUGUCUUGUUAUGUUGCACUCGACAAAGAAAGCGGCAGAAACAAAGGCUUCGGCUUCGUGUCUUACACCACUCCUGCUGCUGCUGCUGCUGCUGUCAACGCCAUGAACAACUGCCUCGUCAGCAACAAACGCCUCAACGUGUCCAUUAAAAAGGGCGAGGAAAGACACGCGGCCAUGCAUCUCAUUUCCCCUGCUGCUGCGCAGCAGCCCACCAAGCGCCAGCAGCAGCAGCAGCACCAGCAGCAGCAGCACCAGCAGCACCAGCAGCAGCAGCACCAGCACCAGCAGCAGCUGCAGCAGCACAUGCCCCAGUCGCCCCUGCCGCAGCAGCAGCAGCCCCAGAGAUUCAACGUCCAUGCGGCAGCCACGCCCGUGCAGCAGCCGCAGCAGCAGCUCCACGAAAGCCUUCAGGACCCUGCAGCAGCAACAGCAGCGCAGUCCCCAGCAGCACCCCCAGCAGCAGCAGCAAAAGGGUAUACGGCGCAGCCGGCGACACCCUACGCUGCCCAAACCGACCACACCUUCCCAAGCUGCUAA